AUGGGAAUUAUCGGUGGUGAGAUGGGAUUUGGCUCCGGACAGUGGCGCAAGACGGUGGAGAGGGCUGGAGUCUGGAGUUGGCGCCGGAUGGAGAAAUCAGAGAUGGGAUUUGGGAAGAGGGAGGCGCCGCUCAAUCACCACGCCUUCACACAAGCGAACCCCACCUCCUGUCCGGCCGCCAGCGCCGCCAGUUCUUCCAUGUCUCCCUCAAACUCCACUAAACCCUACCGACCCGAAUCGACUCAGCAACGGCAGAGCUCGGAACCAAGAACCCCAAUCCAGGAAACCCCCGAUCCACCAACAGACAUAAAGACUGCCGGAAUUCAUGAAAAGGAGGCCGUUUUCGAGAAAGACGCGGAAGAACCGAUGAACGACGGCGAUGAAGAGGGUGAAUGUGGGUUUUGCUUAUUUAUGAAAGGGGGUGGAUGUAAAGAGACAUUUGUGGAGUGGGAGAAGUGUAUCGAGGAAGCAGAGAAGAAGGAAGAUGAUGUAGUGCAAAUGUGUUUUCAGGCGACUACAUUUUUAAAGAAGUGCAUGGAGGCGCAUUCCGAUUACUAUGCUCCGAUUUUGCAGGCGGAGAAGUCUCUCGAGGAGGAGGCGGUCAAGCAGUUGGAGGAGGAGAAGGAAAAGUUGAGUGGUGAAGGAGUCGGCGUCGCCGUCGGCGGCCGCCAAGAAUCGGAGAAGAAGGAAGCUUUGGGUGGUAAUGAUUCAAAGAAGCAAUCUUGAUUGAUUUUGGUGGGACUUUGGUGAUUGAUCUUCUUCGUUUAUUUGGUUGCUGAAUUUUGUCAGGAUUCAGAAUAUAUAUAUAUAUAUAUAUAUAUAUAUAUUUAUUUGAAUAAUGAGAUAGGAUAUUGAGCCGACCCCUACAAGAAUGGGCUUUUGAUGAAUUAAUUACAUUGGGCAUUGAAAGUAAAAUUUAUCAGUGCAUAUUGCAUCACUGUUGUUUAACUCGUGGGAUCAAUUUAUUUUGAAGAUGUUUACAGUCUGUUUAUAUAGUUUAUUAUGUGCUGCCUUGCUAAAUUGAUAUGUUGCCUCUCUGCAUAGACAAGGAGCUUGGAAGCCUAAAACGAAUUGAUAUGUAUGUUUGAGAGUUGCUUGGCUGGAGAUGAAUGUGGAAUACUAUUAUACUUUAUAUCCAUGAGGAUUUUGGAGUUGUAGAACUCUUGUCUGAGCUUCUCAAUAGCAAAGGUUUCUUGGAUAAGUUUGGAAAUUUACAAGUUCUAUUCCCUUUAGACGGAAUAUCCACAGGCACUUCCAUAAGGGGUUCAUGCUUUUAUAAUCCGUAAAGGAGAUACCGUGUUCCUUCUAGAUUUCUAGUUCUUGAAUUGCUUACUUUUCUGCAUAUAAGAAAUUUUUGGAUCACUGCAAGAGCAAGAAGGACAGAGCGAUCUAAAGUCAGACGAGUAUUCAGUUAUCAAAGAAUGUGUCUUUCACAUAUCUAAUUUUCUUCCUUGUAUCAUGUGGUGUUGACUCUGUUGAGCUUUCUACUCUAUUUUCCUGUCUCUUGGUAGGAAGAGUCGUCUCUUGGUAGGCAGAUUCUCGUCAUGUCAAUGCAUGUGAUUUUGAGGAACAGCUACUUCAUAGUGAGAUCUUGAAUGCUGCAGGGAAAUACAAGCGAACUGCGAGUUGAAAGGUAAUGGCACUGAUUUGAAAGCUCGGAAUUUGCCAACGUUGUUGAGAUGUUCGUUCUCCAGCCUGCACAUCAAACAGAUUCCAUUACAU